AUGUAUACUUACAGUACGUUACGUAUUAACUCUGCGAGUGCAAACGUGUUGCAUCUGGAGGAAUCGGUACUCCUCACAAAAGUCGAGUCUUCUAUCAAAAAUGUUCAGCGUUGGGGUUCGGCCAUUCCUGUGGCAGAACGCACAGACGCAGCCACCGUUUGGGAUGUUGGAAAUACUCGUCCUGUACCCACUUUUGCCAUUGAGACGGUUCAACUGUACAACGGGGUUACCAUGUCGCCUAUUUAUUUGCCUUGGCUUGCAAAAGAGGCGGUUCCAACUCCUCGUUUUAAUCUCAUGGGCAGUAAUCCAAACUAUAGUGCUAGCAAUUUCUUGGGAAAACUGAUCCCACCUUUUCCGAUACCCUGGAUAGAAUUCGCUAAUACGCCUUUAAGAGCCAUUAGUAGAAUUAUGGAACAGCUUAACUUUGUGUAUGAUGUUAGAAGAAAUGUAAAUCCCCUUAUUAUCCCGGCCAAGUUUGUUGGCGCACUUGCCAUCAUCUGCACGAGUCUUAGCAUGGCAAAAGACUGGGUGGUGUAG